AUCAGACAGAGUGGACAACCAUCAGACAGAGUGGACAACCACCAGACAGAGUGGACAACCAUCAGACAGAGUGGACAACCAUAAGACAGAGUGGACAACCACCAGACAGAGCAAGCUGAUUGGUCAGUUUUAAUGAAGUGAGACAGGCUCACUUGCUGCCUCGUCUGUCUGCACGGAGAACAGGACAGCAGCCAAUCAGACGAAAGCGCUGCUCUGAAAUGCAGCUGAACCUGUCGGGCAGAGAGAGAGAGAGAAAGGGAGAGGGUGAGCGAGGGCGAGUCCCAUUCAGUCAAAGUGGGAACUCCCAGAGAGAGAGUCAGAGAACGAGCGACGUCCAGCCGCUCACAGCUGCUGGUCAGAAGACGCCGUGACAUCACUGUGACAUCAUGAGCUCCCCUGCUGGACACACGGAUGACCACAACAGGGCUCCCAUAGCGGCCUCAGACCCCCCCGACAUCCAGGAUAUGGAGCUGAGAGAGGAAUGGCAGGACGACGGGUUCCCCAGGCCUCUCCCAGAAGAUUGUGGGAGUCCAGGGGGGGCAGGGAGUCCAACAGGUGAACAGCCAGCCCCGCCCACCAGCCUGGCCCUAUCAGGAGGCGCGCCGAAGAAGCGCCUGGUGGCGCCAUCACUCAGCCUCACCCUGAGCCGCAGAGACUCGCACCCAUCCAACGACGGCUUCUCCGCCGCAGCGCUGUCAGGGACACCCGACGACACGCCAUCUCUCAACAUCGACCUGGAGGCUCUGGAGACGCCGUCAGGGAGCGAGACAGGAACGCUACCAGACAGCUCGCACGAGCUGGAGUGGGAGGAUGACCUUCCUCGGAUGGCAAGGACAGGAGCUGGGGGUGGGGCCACGGCACUGGCGAGGAGCCCAAUGGAGCAGUCAGAGGGUCUUAUGGAGCUGGACCAGGUGGACAGCAGGGGGCGCCGCUGGAGAAAGUUCUGCAUCUCAGGACAGGAGUAUCACGUCAACAUGAGCGUUCUGGAGCCGUACCUGCAGGUGCUGUCACACGGAGGUUACUAUGGAGACGAGAUGAACGCCAUCAUCCUGUUCACUUCCUGCUACUUACCUGAGAACACCAUCGAGGACUACGAGUACGUCAUGGACAACCUGUUCAGGUACAUCGUAGGAACGUUAGACUUGAUGGUGUCAGAGAACUACCUGCUGGUCUACCUGUGUGCCAUGGCACCCAGAAACAAAGUCCCGCCCAUCAAAUGGCUCCAUCAGUGCUACACCUCCAUCAACAGAAGGUUAAAGAAGGACCUGAAGGGGCUGCUGGUGGUCCAUCCGGCCUGGUACAUCAAAGCUCUGCUCACCGUCAUCAAACCCUUCAUCAGUGAGAAGUUUGGCAGGAAGAUCCGUUUCAUCCAGAGUCUACAGGAACUCUCAGAGUUCAUCCCCACAGACAGACUGCAGAUCCCAGACGCCAUACGAGAGUUUGAUGAGAAGUUGAAGUUGAACAGAUGACGUUCUCUGAGGUCACCAGUGUGGACGACUCGUGGCUGUAGGUGGGGUAAAUGAAGCGGGGGGGUAUUUAUGCUGUUCUUUAGAGGAUGUGAGGAUUUUAGGAGAUCGGGAGGAGUUUAAAGAACGUCUUUGAUGAGAACAAACAGAAGAAUGUUCUGGAUGAUUGAUGUAAAUACUGUUUAUUGAAGGAGUCUGGGUCUCAUGUUUAUCUGUUUAUUUGUUGUUUAUCUGUUGUUUAUAUUUAUGAAGUUCUAAACUAUGAGCUCAGAGAACAAAGUUCAAAGUGAUGCAGUGUGUCACAUGACCAUGACCCGAUAAUAAAAGCA